UCUGGCUGAGUGGGAGCCCUGCCGCCCCGUGACGGGGUCCCAGAGCCCCAGUUCUGAGUUGCCGCUUCAACAGCUGAGAGGAGCAGGGAGGAUGGAACUGCAGGAUCCAAAGAUGAACAGAGCCCUCCCUGGGAGUGCUGUGGAGCAGGAGCAUGAGGGCUUCCUGCCCAGCCGUAGUCCUUCUCCUGGGAGGAAACCGGCCCAGUUCAUGGAUCAGUUCGAGGGGAAGACAUCGUUUGGAAUGUCAGUGUUCAACCUCAGCAACGCCAUCAUGGGCAGCGGCAUCCUGGGGCUGGCCUAUGCCAUGGCCCACACGGGGAUCCUCCUCUUUCUGGCUUUGUUGCUGUGCAUCGCUCUUCUGUCUUCGUACUCCAUCCAUCUCCUGCUGACCUGUGCUGGUGUUGUAGGCAUCCGAGCCUAUGAACAGCUGGGACAGAGGGCGCUGGGACCUGCGGGGAAAGUAGUGGUGGCGGCGGUCAUCUGUCUGCACAAUGUUGGGGCCAUGUCCAGUUACCUGUUCAUCAUCAAAUCCGAACUUCCCCUGGUUAUCGCCACUUUCCUGGACGUGGACCCUGAGGGGGACUGGUUCUUGAAGGGAAACCUUCUUAUCAUCAUUGUCAGUGUUUUAAUCAUCCUGCCACUGGCCCUCAUGAGACACUUGGGCUACCUGGGGUAUACCAGUGGUCUCUCUCUGACCUGUAUGCUGUUUUUCCUCAUUUCGGUCAUCUAUAAGAAGUUCCAGCUUGGCUGCACUGUAGGUCACAAUGAAACAGCAGUGGACAGCAGGAGCUCCCCAAGCCUUCCCAUCCAGGGGCUUAACACAAGCUGUGAGGCCCAGAUGUUCACAGCUGACUCACAGAUGUUCUACACAGUGCCCAUUAUGGCUUUUGCCUUUGUCUGCCACCCUGAAGUGCUGCCCAUCUAUACAGAACUCUGCCGGCCCUCCAAGCGCAGAAUGCAGGCUGUGGCCAAUGUGUCCAUUGGGGCCAUGUUCUGCAUGUAUGGGCUCACGGCGACCUUUGGAUACCUCACCUUCUACAGCAGCGUGGAGGCGGAGAUGCUACACAUGUAUAGCCAGCAUGACCUGCUCAUCCUCUGUGUACGUCUAGCGGUGCUGCUUGCUGUGACUCUCACGGUGCCAGUCGUGCUGUUCCCUAUCCGCCGGGCUCUGCAGCAGCUACUUUAUCCAAGCAAGGCCUUCAGCUGGCCACGCCAUGUGGCCAUAGCACUGAUCCUGCUUGUCUUGGUCAAUGUCCUCGUCAUUUGUGUGCCAACCAUCCGGGAUAUCUUUGGGGUUAUUGGGUCUACCUCAGCCCCCAGCCUCAUUUUCAUCCUUCCCAGCAUCUUCUACCUCCGCAUUGUGCCCUCUGAGGUGGAGCCCCUCUACUCUUGGCCCAAGAUCCAGGCUCUGUGUUUUGGUGUCUUGGGGGUCCUCUUCAUGGCGAUCAGCCUAGGUUUCAUGUUUGCCAACUGGGCCACAGGCCAGAGCCAUGUAUCUGGACACUGACCAAGCCCUGCUUCACCUGGGCCCCAGUGUGCAUCCACCCGUGCACGUGGAGGGAGAUGGACUGCUCUCCCAGUUCCCAUCAAUAUGGUCACUGGCUGAAGAGUGGUCCACUCCCUUCUUCCUCAGGGGAUGCCAAGCUCAGAUCAUGACUCUAACCCCAACCCCAACCCUACAGGAGGAUGAGGAGGAGGCUAAGUCCUUGGGGAACCCCUGCCCAGUCCAGUCUUUUCUGCUUCCUCCUUGUAGAAGCUGUUUUUCAGGGUCACUGUCGAGCUA